AUGGAUGAAGAACUAUGUUGCCCCGCUUGUAAACAAUUUUUCAGCAAUCCCGUCCUUCUUCCGUGUCAUCAUUCUUUAUGUUUACUUUGUGCUAUCCAUCUUCAGCAGCCGGCUAACACACAUAACACAAUUUCGACCUUAAACUCUGUGCCAGAAAAUGCGGAAAGUGUAACAUCGGGAAGUUCAGGAGACUAUCAAGAAAGUGACAAGUUGUCAAUACUGAGCGAAACUGACAGUGGGGUUAUUUGUGCCUCUAGGCCUAACAGUUAUAUUGAAAAUAAUUUGUCUGUAGCGAGUACCCUGAGUGUUGCUUGCCCCGUGUGCCAUAAACUAGUUUACUUUGACGAAAAUGGGGUUCACAAUCUUCCUAAAUACAGAAUCAUGCAAAACAUCGUCGAGAAAUACAGUGAAAUUAAGAAUUUGUCCUUAAAAUGUCAGAUGUGCGAAAAAGAACCGGCCAACGAUGCCACUGUAAUGUGCGAACAGUGCGAAGUAAGAUACUGCACUUCAUGCCGCGAAUCCUGCCAUCCUCUAAGAGGUCCUCUAGCUAAACACGUCUUAUCUGACCCCAAGAGAGGUUUAAAUAGCUCCACAAAAGGCAAAACAGGAAAUUGCCCUGAACAUGUUGAAGAGACUCUCAACAUGUUUUGUUCGAUUUGUAAGAUAUGUGUUUGUGCUAUUUGUUUACUGGACACUCGUCACAUAUCACACGAUGUACAACCUGCUACUGUUAUUUGCAAAAUUCAAAAGACCGAUUUGUCGCACAACUUACAACAGUUAUCGGAACGAGCUCGAACGACCACGGAGUUCAUUCAACAGUUAAAAGGACUUAACGAAGAAAUAGAGCACAACUGUGAUGAUUUCGAAAAUAUCAUAUCAGGACAAUGUCAGGCGUUAAUAGAGGCCAUCCACGAAAGAAGAAACCACUUAAUAGAAUUUAUACGGCAAGAAAAAGAAAUGAGAAAAGGAGUGUUAAAGGACCAAGUCGCCAGUUGUACACAACGGCUACAACAAACUACUGCUCUUCUUCAGUUUUGUAUAGAAGCAUUAAAAGAAACUGAUAGUUCUUCCUUUUUACAGAUUGGAUCGAUGUUGAUCAAUAGAGUGGUAGACACUGAUCAUUCGUGGCUAAAAGAAUGGUCUGUUCCUCAGGUAUCUCCUCAAUUUGAGCUAACACUUGACGAUGCCCCCGUUCUUACUGCCAUUAAACAAUUAAAUUUUAUCCAAUCAAAACCUCCAGUGGCUCCUAUCAUUAUCCCAGAAGAAUGUAAUGCUGAAAAUAAUUCUGUUACAGUAGCUUGGCAACCUCCUAGCCUGAGUCACGUAGAAGGGUAUGUUUUGGAAUUGGAUGACGGUAACGGUGGUGAUUUUAGGGAGGUUUAUUGCGGAAAUGAGACAAUAUGUACAGUUGAUGGAUUGCACUUCCGUAGCCUGUAUAACGCUAGAGUCAAAGCGUUUAAUAGUACCGGAGAAGGAGAAUACAGCGAAUUAAUUGGUCUUCAGACAGCUGAUGUGGCGUGGUUUACAUUCGAUCCAGUCCUGUCAGGUCCAGGUUUGCAGUAUUCGGAAAACAACACACGAGUGACAGGAGAAGGUUGGGAGCACCGAGUAGCUCUAGGGAGCUUGGGAUUUAGUAGAGGGCUACAUUACUGGGAGUUCACUAUAGAGAAGUAUGAUACCGACACUGAUCCCUCUUUUGGAGUAGCGAGAAUCGACGUGACGAGAGACAAAAUGUUAGGUAAAGACGACAAAGGCUGGGCCAUGUACAUCGACAAUCAACGUUCUUGGUUUCAACACGCUGGAGCUCAUGAACAAAGGGUCGAAGGAGGCAUUCAAAUCGGCUCUACCGUAGGCGUCCUCCUCGAUCUAGAACAGCACACUCUAUCUUUCUAUGUCAAUGAAGAACCUCAAGGAAGCGUUGCAUUCAGAGACUUGUACGGAGUGUUUUACCCUGCCGUUAGUAUCAACAGAGGUGUCAGCAUUACCGUGCAUACAUCACUAGACCCUCCUUCCGACUUAGAUGAAACACAAUAA